AUACACUUUAUCCAUGUCAAUGUUUCAUUAACAACAACAAAUUUCCGGAGAAUCAACAAUUUCUUACUUUAGAAAGUAUGAAUGAUAUUUGUCAAGAUUCUCCAACUCAAGAUUAUAACUAUACCCUUCCCAACAAACUGACUCAAAAUCAAGAGUUGCACUACAUGGUGUCAGCUCUCCGACAUGUCGUCUCCGGUGCCGGCGAUGGCCUGGCGGACGGUGAAGCAGCUCAUCUCCGACAUGUUAUCUACGGUGCCGGCGAUGUCCUGGCGGACGGUGACGCAGCUCAUCUUUUACAGGAAGUUCAAAAUGUAAGUGGUGGUUCAUCUACUUCAGCUAAUGCCAUGCCACGUAGGAGCAUUGUGGACAGUAAUGAAAUGGAGUUACAGAAGGGGGGGAAGAAGAGGAGGAGGAGAGAUACGACGAAGGAAUUUAGGGGAGUGAGAAAAAGGCCAUGGGGAAAAUGGGCCGCAGAGAUUCGCGAUCCGCAUCGAGCCCAACGAGUGUGGCUCGGUACUUUUAUUACUGCUGAAGAUGCUGCCAGAGCUUAUGACAAAAAAGCUAUAGAAUUUAGAGGUGAAAAGGCUAAAACAAACUUUCCUAUUUCAGAAUAUACUGAUGGUGUAGUUACUGAACAGAACAAGUUGCCAAUGCCAGUGGUAGAAGAAAAGAAAGAAUUAGUACAAGUAGGAAAUGUGGUGAAUGGUGAUGAUGAGGUGGGGGGAGUCGUUGUUGAUGGUGAAAGUAGUGCUAUCCAAAAUGUUGAUGACUUUUGGGACACGUUGGAAGAAGAUGGACUUGUCAAAUGGAUCACUCAGGAUAUGUUCUUCUGAAUCGUGUUAAUUGUCUUAUGGUUUUUGUUUGAUCUGAAAGUAUUUUUUUUUUUCUUUUGAGUUUGUUUGUCGUUUUGUUCAUUUAUCUUGGAAGUUUUUUUGGGUGGCUAUAAAGUACGAAGUGGUAGAAAAUAUCUUGUAAGUUUUGAGUAUUGUACUGAAGCAUUGUGGUUGCAAAUCAC